AUGCCACGAAACCUCUCCAUCACCGAGCCACACCCCACUGUCCCCAAGUCUGGCGGAUACAUCUAUGGCGGUCGAGGAGGUGCCGGUAACUACAGGCGUUACAAGCCCGAAGAGGUCACUACCGGCCCAUCUGCCACUGGACCAGCCUCUCGCAUCUCCCUCACCAAGCCCUUCAAGCGAACCGUCCCUCUCGGACGUGGUGGUGCUGGCAACAUGUCUUCCGCAUCAAACGAAGAGUCCAUCUUCGAAUUCGACGAGGAGAUGUUGAACAAGAGAGCAGCGAACGCCGCGCCCAUCUACCACGUCGGUCGUGGCGGUGCAGGCAACCUCUUCACCGAGCCCACCAAGAAGUCAGCAUCCUCACGCAAGGACAGCACCGACUCAUCCUCAUCGGCCGAGUCUGAGCGCAUCACCGCGAUGCGACGGAACAGCGGAGGCGUCCUCUCCAUCUUCAGCCGGCGGUCGUCGUAA